AUGUGGCUGGAAGCGGACGCCUUUGAGGUUGGCAAGAGAGGACGCACCCCGAUUGAGAAUCUGGCUUCCUCCCGCUGUGGCUGUUUUGAGCUCCCUAGCAAAGCCGCCUGGAAAGAAGGUGUGAUCCAGAGCUUCUCCUGUUGGGGGAAGCCUGAGGACAAGGAUCUGGGCUGGAGUAAAAUUCUUCCAGGGUCAGGUGAAUCACCUGGUACGGUUAUCUCCGGGGAUGGCUUGUUUUAUGCUACACACCUAGCGGCUUGCUUCGCACUCUGGAGCUCCCUUCUUGGGGACGAGGUUUGCAGCAUGAUCAACCAGAGGUAUGUGGAGUUCCUGCCCAGUGUGCAGAGCGCCAAGGAUUUGGAAUCCCAGGUGGAAGAGCUGGCCGGCAGUAUCGACCAGCUGAAGGCCAGGAUCGAAAACGAGGUGCAACAUGACCUUAAUGUCGCCAUUGCAGAAUUUGCAGAGUUGAAACAACAGCUGGAGAGAGACACACUGAUCCUGACUGUGUUGAAACAGCUGCAGGAAUUUGAUGCUGCUCUUAAGCAGUUCAAUGCUUUGUUAGCCCAGAAGAAAUAUGUGCCGGCAGCCUGCCACCUGAAUAAGGCCCGGAGGAAUUUAAAAAUCAUGGAAUCCCGCCGAGGCUUUGAGCUGAAGAUUUUGAAGGCGCUUAGCAGGGAGCUCACCAUACAGACCCAAAACAUUAUCUACCUUUUGGGUCAGGAUUGGGAGCAGAUGGCUGUGUGGAAGCUUCCUCAGUCAAAAGAACUCGACAGCCUGGAGUCAGCCAUGCAGACGGAGCUGCAUUUACGCACUGUGCUGGCCAAGGAGGACUCUGCCACGUGCCCAACGGUGGGAGCAGUACUGCAGGCGUUUGCCGUCUUGGGUGAGCUCCGGUUGAAAUUCAGGCACUUUGGACAGUUACUGCUAAAGCACAUCCUCCAGCCCCUGAUCUCGCAUCCAUCGCUGCGACCCUUGCUGGAAGAGCAGUCUGACGCCAUCACGCUGAGGUUUGAGUCCCUCGGUUCUGACCUCGGGCAUCCUCCCCCGGCAGAAGUCUUUGCCAAGAUCAAGCUGGUGCUGGAGAGUCUCCACAAAUACCAAUUAGAUGUUCCACUUGACCUUGGCGUCGAGGACGAGAACAAUACUAGGCUGGUCUUGGCAGAGGAGUUGGGCGACGUGAUCUGGAAGGACCUCUCAGACUGUCUCAUUCGCGAUUGCUUGGUCCACUCAAUCCCAAACAACAGCAGCAAACUGGGACAGUACAUCGAGGUUAUUAAAGCUACUGAGGAGUUUGAAAAAGCCUUGAAGGACAUGCGGUUCCUGAAAGAGGAUUCCACCGACCUCCUGACGUACGCCCGCAACGUCAACUGCCACUUUGCUAACAAGAAAUGCCAAGAUGUGAUUGUGGUGGCGAGGAAUCUCAUGAUGUCCGGCCCUCCCAACACCAUCAAGGUUACUCCAGAUUCCUCGGUAUCCCUGCCUAAACUACCAGACCCUGGAGCCGGUGACCAGUUAAAGGCUCUGGCCACACCGGAUGCCCUUCAGAAACAGGUGCCCAGUUUGGAGAACGAGACGAGGCUGAGCCGGCAUACUUUUUCAUUUCCCGCCUGCCGCAUCAGCGAUUCCGUCCAGAAGUUAAUGGUGUUGGCUUACCAGACGCUCCAGGAAGCUUCAGCCAGCACAGAUCAAUGCUGCAUCCAGCUCUUCUACUCCGUCCGGAACAUCUUCCAUCUGUUCUGCGACGUGGUGCCGAUGUAUCACAAAGAGAACCUUCAGAAACUUCCCCAGCUGGCAGCCAUCCACCACAACAACUGCAUGUACAUUGCGCAUCACCUCCUGACCCUGGGCCAUCAGUUUCGCGGCCGUGUAUGUGACGGGACGGCCACUUUCGUUGAUCUGGUGCCUGGUUUCAGGAAACUCGGGAUGGAGUGUUUCCUGGCCCAGAUGCGUGUCCAGAAGGAAGAGCUCCUGGAGCGACUUUCAAAUGCCCGGAAUUUCUCCAACGUGGACGACGACGACAACUACAGCGCAGCCAACAAAGCUGUACGGCAGGUCCUGCACCAGCUCAAGAGGCUUGGAUUGGUAUGGCAGGAUGUCCUUCCCGUGAACGUCUACUGCAAGGCCAUGGGGACCUUGCUGAAUACGGCUCUCGCCGAGAUGAUCAGCAGAAUCGCCGCCUUGGAGGAUAUCUCUGCCGAGAAUGGAGACCGGCUGCAUGCCCUGUGCCAGGUCGUGGUGGAGGAGGGGCCCCGGGUCUUUGUGCCCCUGCCCAAAGAACAGCAGAACAAGCCCUUCCAAGAGGAGGUCCCCGUCUACGUGCCCCAAUGGAUGAUGUUCCGGGAGCUCAUGCUGGUCCUGCAGGCCAGUCUGCAGGAAAUAGUGGACCGGUGGGCUGAUGGCAAAGGGCCCCUCGCAGCCGAGUUCUCCCCCGGCGAGGUGAAGAGCCUGAUCCGAGCUUUGUUCCAGAACACGGAGCGGAGGGCCGCUGCCCUGGCGAAAAUCAAAUAGCUUCUGGUUCUUAAAAUGUCUUCCAGGGGUGUACGCUGCAGGUGGCACGGCCUGCGGUCCUUUGCUUGUCUAGCUCGAUGAUUUUCCCCUCUGAAACACUUCCUGGCCUUUGUCUACAGAAGUUUCUGGCAGCCAGGCCUGCCGCCUGUUCAGAGGGUGUUUACCCAAUCCACUGAGGAAGCCAGCGCCGUGACGGGGGUGGCCUGGGGUGUCCAAAGAUCAUGGCCAGACACUGCCCAGAUUUGUUGACUCCAUGGAUCGCUGCACAGGUCUGGGCGCUCUCCCUUAUUUCUGCUUCGGGGGCUUGGUGAGACCCAUCUGGGUCUGGUGGAACUCCUGGAUCUACCUCUGACAGGGACGUGAGGAUGGUGGGGUCGGUGGCGCGGCUCAUGGGCCCUGGUAGAACAACAUCUAUGCAGCUUUAUUUCCUUUUUUUUAUUAUUUACAAGAGGCAUCCUUUGUGCCUCUUUGCCCUCCUCUCUUCUUUGCGUGACGCAUCUGAAGCACACAAGACUGGAAGAUCUUUCUCUCUCUUUCUCUUUCUCUCUCUGCAGCCUUUCAGGGCUCUUAAAAAGUGCCAAAACGGGCUGGCUGCCGCUUUUAGUGGAUGUGGUUCAGCAGCCAGAGGAGGAGGCUGGGUCUUUUCCGAAGCCUCUCCUGACAUCCCCCACCACCGCAGACUGUGCUUGGAUAAGGGGAGGGGUGGGGCUGCUUCUGGGGGCAGAGGGCAUUGCUGCCGUGGAGGGCCGAGCGGAAGCCUUUCCUCCUCCUGCUCUCUGUAUUUAAAAGCUAUGCACGGAGGACGUCACAAGAGGCUUCUCGUCCGUCUCGCCAUGCUUUCCUUGACGCAAGUAUCCCUUCUUGGUCAUAAUGGCUGCGGAAACUUCAAAGACUGGUGGCCCCUCGGCUUUCUCAACCCUCCUCUAUCCAGUUGGGUAGACGCCCUCGCCCCCCACACCUCAGUUCUCAGGUAUGUGACUGGAGAUGGACCUUGGUUGAGUGGAAAACCUCUGCCUCAGCACACGUGCACCCAUGGAUUCAUCAUCCCCUUUUUUCAUGUGAUGAUAUCUCUUUUAGUAUUUUUUUUAAAAAUGCACCUCAGUUUGCAGGAACUAAAAUCAGUCACUAGCUUUUGAAAGAGAAACUGGGUUGAAAGGGUGCAGCCUAAAGACAGAGCAGGAGAAAUGUGGAAUGACUAAUUUCUUCAAAAUUAUUUUGUAUUAUAUUAUUUGCAACAGGCUAACUGGCGUUACUCCCUCAUGCUGUUUUUCCCCUCUUUCAGAUUUGGCUAAGUGGGGGAUUAUUAAAUAUUUAUCUCUAAAUUAGCCUGAGUGGCACAUUUUCAUUUGCAAGAAAAAGUGACAGCUGACAGCGGCUGCUUUUCUUCUCUCUGCCUGCCCUUUAAAGGCAGCCUUGUUAGUCAGUUUCUGGCCCGGGGAGGUGGGGCAAAACAUCACACGCCUCAUUUUUACUCACAUGGUACAGGAAAAUCACUUCCUUGUUUGCUCAUUCAGGUUCAGUCCUGGUCAUGAAAGAAACAGAACUUUCCCUCUGUGACAUUUGCAGAAGCCUGUUUUGGCAAAGAAUUCCAGGGUUAAGUUUGAAGAUAAUGAAGUGUCAUUAUCUUUGUGGCAGCUCUGAAUCUCCCUGUUUCAGCUCCACUUUAUAACCCUUGGUUUUUAUCUUUUCAGAGAGAGAAAGGAAAAUGUCUGCGGUUUUCUCCAUAGCCUGCAUAACUUUGUAGAACUCUUACCCUAUCAGCAGUUAAUCAGCCGGGUUCUUUUCUAAAGCACAUCGAAUCUUGCAUCCGUGUCCAAUCUCUUCAUUUUUGCUGCCAUUUUAUUUAACUGUAUAUUUCGCAGCUCUACCAGUAUAUAUAUAUAUAUAUUUGAUAUGGUUUGGCCAGUGCAGUUCCCAAAAUUUAAGGGGUGAUUAGGCUUCAGUGCUGAUGGCUUUUAGCUUUAUUUCUUUUCCCCGUGACCCAUCCCUUCUGUGGGAUUCACCCUUUUCACAGCAGCAGCAUUUUAACUUUCUUGGAUUCGUUGGCCCAUGAUGGGCACGAACUCAGGUGCCAACUGGAAAAACCGACUGGCCUUUGUGCACGGGGCCCGUUGCCCAGCUGGGAGGUCGCCCAGCUGAGGGCAUGGAAGGCAGCGGCCGGCUCCAGCCAAGGAAGCCAGCCUUGCCUAUCAGCUGGGGGGGCAGGCGGCAGGCAGCUCUGGGUCACCACAAACCCCCAGGUUUCCGGUUUGUGCCCAGCCCAUGACCUCAGGAUCCCGUUCCUGGUCAGUCGGUGACAGUACAAACAUUGCCACGAUGUGUGUAAAAUCAGGAAGGCUUUCUCCAGGGUACACCACUUCAUUGCUGCCAAGCAUCGGACCAAGUUGGCUUUUGUCUAGCCUGCCCCUUCAUCGGCAGCCAGGUGGAGCCCUUGAACUGCUUUCCAACCUCUCUUUCCUUCCUUCCAGCGAGGCAGCCCUGCCGCUGAACUGGUGUACUAAUAAACUCUACCUUAACCAUCA